CCUUCUAGGACGCAGCAGAAGAAGAAGGAACAGGAAGUGUGUUUGUUGUGUGUUGCUCGUGACUUCGGAGCCAACAUGUCCGCCACAGAAGAUGAUACUGAACUCAGAGACCUGCUUCUUCACAACCUGGACAACAGCGGAGUUCUCAGCAAGAUCAAGGCUGAAAUGAGGGCGGCUGUGUUUCUGGCCCUGGAGGAGCAGGACAGAGUGGAGAAUAAAACGUCUCUGAUCAAUGAAAACCUGAAGAAAUGUCUCAGCACAAGAGACGGUCGUCUGGUCGCCAGUCUGAUCGUGGACUUCCUGCAGGUCUUCAACCUGGACUUCUCCCUCGCAGUGUUUCAGCCAGAGAUCAAUUUGAUAAACGGUGUGGACAGUCGGGACCUGGUCUGCAGAGAUCUGGAUCUGUCAGAGUGUGAGGUGAACAGGAAGUGUCCUCUGCUGCUGGAGCUGGUCAGUAGAGGGCGACGCAGAGACAAACGGAGCGUGUGUUUGGAGGAACCUUCUCACAAGCAGAUCACAAACGCUCGCAGGAAGUUUGACUUUUACGACAAGGAGCGGAGUGGCUCUGUCUGUAAAGAAGAUCUGAAGAGCAUCUUCGCAGAUCUGUUCCCCAAUUUGAACAAGAACAUGUUGGAGAUUUUUGUCACUGACGAGCUCAGAGCUGCCGACAGAAGCAACUCUCAGACGGCAGACUUCCAGCUCUUUCUGGGAAUCUUCAAGCGUCUGUUCGCUCAGUGCAGGAUUGUGGUCGGUCAGGACUCUGACGUCGGCCUUGUUGCUGAGACGGCGACCACCUCUCCACCCAACUGUGAGGACUCUGACGUGGUGAUGUCUCUGGGUAAAGGAGACGUCCAGCAGGACGCGUCCUUCCUCGGCUUUCAGAGUGAGCGUGUGGACCUGGAGGUGGAAGACGACCUGGACGAAGGAGAUUCAUUCUUUGACGACCCCCUGCCCAAACCACAGAAGACGUACGGCUGUCGUGGUUCUCAGUUUGAUUCGACAGAGACGAUGAAGAGUCAGAGAGAGAAGGUUGAGGCAUCUGGGGCCAGACAGAGUCCUGCAGGGGCCCCCUCCGAUGCACCGAGACCAGGAGGAGCUGGAGGAAACAGUGCAGAGCAGAGUAACAGCAGGAAUGGUCAGUUUGACUCCAAACAUCUGCAGCACUCCCUAGAGUCCCUAGAGACCACAUCCAGAUCUGUCCCCGAAGGAAAAUCGAAAGGAUUCAGAGACUCGAAGGCCUCAAAUGAUAAAACUGGAUCUUUUCAUUUCGAUGAAGAUGCUGAAUAUGACGACGACUUCAACAGUCAUCGCUCAGAUCUCUCGAGGAGCGAGCUGAGCAUCGGCGAGGAGAUCGAGGAAGUUUCCAUCGAGGGACCCGACAGCAGCGACAAGCUCGAUGAGACUCAGGACCUGAGUGUGUCUCAGCUCAGUCACUCCGCUGAUUACAUGGAGGAGGUGGCCUGACACUCCCAGCAUGCAUCACUCUCCCACCAGGCACCUGUUUUUGUCGUCAACAUUAAAGUGUGUACAGUUUGACUUGACAAAUAAAUUGAUUUGUAUGGAA